UGCCUCCCGCAGUUUGGUCAAACUCAUGUUCGUAGCUUCGAGAACACUGUCCAACCAUCUCGUCCUUUGCCAUCCCCUUCUCCUAGUGCCCUCCAUCUUUCCCAACAUCAAGGUCUUUUCCAAGGAUUCUUCUCUUCUCAUGAGGUGGCCAAAGUAUUGGAGCCUCAGCUUCAGGAUCUGUCCUUCCAGGGACCCAUGAAAAUAGGGACGUCCUAUUCCAUCCGCUCCAACAUUUCUCCCCUGAAAACUAGGGACAUCCUAUUCCAUUCCCUUCAAUGUUUCUCCCGUGAAAAUAGGGACGUGCUAUUCCAUCCCUUCCAACAUUUCUCCCGUGAAAAUAGGGACGUCGUAUUCCAUCCCCUCCAACAUUUCUCCCCUGAAAACUAGGGACAUACUAUUCCAUCCCUUCCAACAUUUCUCCCAUGAAAAUAGGGACGUCCUAUGGAAAAGUGGGACAUUCUGGGAUCAAAUCAGAAACUGGGACGGCUUCUGUCAAUCCCUGGAAAACAGGGCCACUUGGAGGUUCUGAUACUGUAUCAGUAUAUCAGUACAGUAUAUUUAGCUGCUGAUACAUCCCGGUGUUGAAAACCAGAUAUCGCCCAGCUCUAGCACUUAGCAUAGGUCGAAUUACUUGUUGAUUUCCCCCCAGGGCUGGAUAUAAUUUAAGGGCUCAAGCGAACCCAUCAACUCCUGGCCAAAAAAAAUAAAAUGCCACAAAUAGCUCCCUUGUGGUUUUCUUCCCUGUGGCAUGCGGCAGGCCACAAAUGAAGGGUUUGUGUGAUCAUGGUGAAACCCACGCAGGGCGAUCAUAGUCAGAGGAGAGAGACGGCAGCACAGACGCUCUCUUGCCAGGAGGAAGAAGAAGAAGCAGGAUGGAUCCCUCAACUGUCAAAGCUACGCUGAAGGUCCUGGGUUUGUGCGCGGUGCUCCUGCUGGCAUUGGCGGCCGUGACCGUAUCCGUGGCCGUCAUGGCGUGGCACUCGGAAGCGGCCCGCCAGGUCAGGAGGUGCCGGGAGCAGUUGGCCAACGAAACAGCGGCUCUGGGGGACAAGGUGGCCGAGCUGGAAUGGGAACGGGCCGGGCGCGAGAAGCAGCUGGAGAAGCUGGCCCAGCGAGAGAAGGACCUGCAGAAGCAGCUUGGCCAAGCCAAGGAGAACAGGAAGAGGCUCAACGCCACCUUGAUGGGCUGCUUGGAGAACGUGACCCUUUUGGACGCCAACCUGACAGCCCUUCACGGCGAGAUGUUCACCCUGCAGGUCGAGAUGGACAGUCGAAACAGCGCCCUGCUGGUGGAGAUGUCCCAAUGGCGGCAGCAGGCGGCUGGCUUGGAAGAGCGGCUGGAGGCAGCUGCGGGAGAAAAGGCCGCAGCAGAGGCAGAGAGGGAGCACUGCGAGGCGCGGCAGACGGCGCUGCAGGAAAGCGUGCAUGGCUACCUGUCCGAAAUUGCCUCCCUCCACCGUCGCCUUCAGGGCCGCCCAUCCUCCGCCGCCCGCAGGUGCCCCCCCUUCUGGUACUUAUUGUGGGGGCUGGCAAGCUUUUUCAUUCUUGACCCGCUCGAAGGGCUGAACUUUCUCCUUUAGAGCAUCUUCCCCAACGCCUUUGACAUGAUGAGAAUGGACAGGAGGUUUUGCAGACCCCUUCCUCCUCUCCCCCAACCCAUUCAAAGUCACGGAUAAAUACCAAAUUCAGGUGCAGCAUUGCAGAAACUGUGUCGGGGGAAUUGGCAGUGGGGAGAGGCAGAUUAUUAAACCAGAUUGGAAUCACAGAGUUGUAGAGUUGGGAAGGACCGUGAGAGUCAUUUAACAAUGCAGGAAUAUUGUGGGAUUAUUCAGAUCUGCCGGGUCGCAAUUUAAUGUUGAAAUAAAACGCUGUUCUCUGACCCAACCAAGUAAGUCUGCCUUGUUGUGGUUUUUCCUCUUGGUGUUUCCUUCUCCCCUGUGGAAGCAAGGAGUGCAACACACACACAAAAAUAGAUUCCUGGUGGAUGGCGAUUCUUGCUGCAGGCCAGCUUAGAUCUGAGUCAAAUGCACUAGGAUUUCUUUCUUGGGUUACUGUAAAGAAAAACACCAACGAAAAAACCUGGACGUUUCGUCAGAUUAAAAGAAUCUGCCCGGACAGAAAUUUUAAUUCUGGAGAAGAAGAUGUGUCUGGGAAAAAUAGGACAUAUGGCAACCCAACCCCCUAUCUUUUUCUUCUUUGGCAAUGCUUCGUAGCCGAGUAAGAUUGUCUUCCAUGAACACA